AUGGCCGGGGUCAGCUACGCGGCGCCCUGGUGGGUGAGCCUCCUGCACCGGCUGCCCCACUUCGACCUGCACUGGGAGGCCACCAGCAGCCAGUUCCGGCCCGAGGACACCGACUACCAGCAGGCGCUGCUGCUGCUGGGGGCCACCGCGCUGGCCUGCCUCGCCCUGGACCUCCUCUUCCUGCUCUUCUACUCCUUCUGGCUGUGCUGCCGGCGGCGAAAGAGUGAGGAGCACCUAGACGCAGACUGCUGCUGCACGGCCUGGUGCGUCAUCAUCGCCACGCUGGUCUGCAGCGCCGGUAUUGCCGUGGGGUUCUAUGGCAACGGGGAGACCAGUGACGGCAUCCAUCGGGCCACCUACUCACUCCGUCACGCCAAUCGUACGGUGGCAGGGGUCCAGGACCGCGUGUGGGACACGGCAGCUGCGCUGAACCGCACAGCGGAGCCCAGCCUGCAGAGCCUGGAGCGGCAGCUGGCCGCGCGGCCGGAGCCCCUGCGGGCGGUCCAGCGGCUACAGGGCCUGCUGCAGACACUGCUGGGCUACACGGCGGCCAUCCCUUUCUGGAGGAACCCAGCCGUGUCACUGGAGGCACUGGCCGAGCAGGUGGAUCUCUACGACUGGUACAGGUGGCUGGGCUACCUGGGCCUGCUGCUGCUCGACGUGGCCAUCUGCCUCCUGGUGCUGGCCGGCCUCAUCCGCAGCUCCAAGGGGAUCCUGGUAGGGGUCUGCCUGCUGGGGGUGCUGGCCCUGAUCAUCAGCUGGGGAGCCCUGGGCCUGGAGCUGGCCGUGUCUGUGGGCUCCAGUGACUUCUGUGUGGAUCCCGACACCUAUGUGACCCGGAUGGUGGAGGAGCAUUCGGUGCUGAGCGGGGACAUCCUGCAGCACUACCUGGCCUGCUCCCCCCACGCCGUCAACCCCUUCCAGCAGAAGCUGUCGGGCAGCCACAAGGCGCUGGUGGAGAUGCAGGACGUGGUGGCUGAGCUCCUGAAGACUGUCUCGUGGGAGUAUCCUGCCACCAAGGACCCCCUGCUCCGUGUCCAGGAGGUGCUGAACGGCACGGAGGUGAACCUGCAGCACCUCACUGCCCUGGUGGACUGCCGCAGCCUGCACCUGGACUACGUGCAGGCCCUCACAGGCUUCUGCUACGAUGGCGUUGAGGGCCUUAUCUACCUGGCCCUCUUCUCCUUCAUCACGGCGCUCAUGUUCAGCUCUGUCGUCUGCAGCGUCCCACACACGUGGCAGCAGAAGAGAGGCCCGGACGAGGACGGGGAGGAAGAGGCCGCCCCAGGGCCGCGGCAGGCACACGACAGCCUCUACCGUGUCCACAUGCCUAGUCUGUACAGCUGCGGCAGCAGCUACGGCAGCGAGACCAGCAUCCCGGCCGCGGCCCACACCGUCAGCAAUGCGCCGGUCACCGAGUACAUGAGCCAGAAUGCCAAUUUCCAGAACCCUCGCUGUGAGAACACCCCCCUCAUUGGGCGCGAGUCCCCGCCGCCUUCAUACACCUCCAGCAUGAGAGCCAAGUACCUCGCCACGAGCCAGCCUCGCCCCGAAUCCAGCAGCGGCGGGCACUAG